ACAGGCCCCGCCCACCGCUGUCAGCCGCUGCGUGACGUGUAGGAGAUGCGGAUGGAGCCGUCUGAGCAGCGGCUCCGCGCGGAACCUGCUGCACUUUAUACUCACAUCUGCUACCUGCUCCGUGACGUCACUUCAAGGAAACGACAGCCUCGCGACACAGAGCGAAAGUUAGGCAUGUGGGGACGGGAAGGACGCGUCAUGGCGUCUGGAGGCCCCAUGAUGAACGGCGACAUCUCUCGCUCUCCCGGUCAGUCGGGCACGCUGGAGGAAACCCUGCAGCAGAUGAACAUCCUCAUCCAGGAGAACCGAGACCUGAAGGAGGCCCUGCGUCAGACCAACCUGACGAUGAAGGAGCGCUUCGAGGGUCUGACUGCGUGGCGGGAGAAGCAGCGGGAGGAGCGGGAUUUCCUGGAGAGCAGGCUGGCAGAGGCCCGGAGCCGCAUGGAGGGGCUGACCCUUCAAAACCAGGAGCUGAGCAGGAGACUCGGCGGAGAGGGGAGGACAGGGGGAGCUCUUGGGGGCUUGAUGGCGGUGUCAUCCAAUCAGUGCGCAGAGCUGGAGGCCCUGCGUUCCCAGGUCGCUCGCCUGCAGGCAGAGAAGCAUGACCUGGUGGCGAUGAACUCCGAGCUGCAGCUGAAGGCGGAUCAGGACUCAAACAGCGACUCCUUCAUUGAGGUCAUCAGGGUCUCGGACGGAGGUGUCGACGGCAUUAGCGAUGUGUGUGGUUCGGAGCGCAGCAAACGCCUUGACCUGAGCAUGACGGCAUCUCGGGUCGACAGCGAGGAGGUGACCGUCAGCCAGCUCCUCCAGUCACUGAGGAACGAGACGCAGCGGGCCGAGCGGCUGCAGGCCGAGCUGCAGACCUCUGCUCACAGAAUUAGAGAGCUGGAGGAGAGGAGGAGCAAGGAAGACGAAUCAACACAGACCACCCAGCCAGAGACUGCAGAGGCAAAGGAGGAUUCUGAGAAAGAGGAGAAGGCGGCCUCUGAGGUGGAGAAUCUGAAGUCUCAAAUGAUGACACUGUUCAAAGAGCUGCAGCAGGCUCAGAGCAAGCUUGAUGAAGCAGAAGGCAUGAAGAAGAACCUGCAGGACAGAUGUCGGGAGGUGGAACAAGAUGUGGCCACUCUGAAGGCCCAGCUGGUGGAGAAACAGGCUGUUCAGACGGAGAAUGAACGGCUGAAGCUGCAGCUGGAGAGCGCGCUGGCCCACAACCAGAUGGAACAGAGGAAGGCUGGGGAGGACAGGAACAACCUGGCCCAGCUGAAGGAUGCCUACACCAAACUGUUUGAAGACUACAAUGAACUCAAAGAGGACAAGAAGAAGAAAGAGGUCCUGCAGGCCCAGAUGGUGCAGAAGGAGCUGCUGGACGAGCUGCAGCAGCGCCUGACUGCUGCUGAACAGGCGCUUGUCGCUAAACAGGACAAGAUCGAUCUCAUGAAGCAGGAGAUCUUCCAGAAGGAGAAGGAGCUGGAACAAAUAUCUGUCUUCCAGGCUCAGGCAGAGGUCUACUCCUCGGACUUCUACGCAGAGCGAGCAGCGAGGGAGAAGCUCCAUGAGGAGAGGGAGCGUCUGGCUGCUCAGCUGGAGUAUGUGAAGAAGCAGAACAUCCAUCUGCAGGAGGAGAUGGACUCACUGGGCCGGCGAUCACUGGGCGAAAUGCAGAGGAGACAUGUGUCACUGGGAGGAAGUCCACACGGAGCCGGUGCUUCUUUGGUUGGAAGAGGUACUGACUGGCAGCAGGGGAAUAUUCCUGAACACGCCUGUCCCAAGUGCAAUGAGAUCCUGCCAGACCUGGACUCCCUGCAGAUCCACAUCAUGGACUGCAUCAACUAGACCUCCAUCAUUACUAGCAUCCACCAAAAAAGUGGCUCCUGUAGCACCUUAAUCUGAGUCUUCCUCUGCUUUUACCUGUACCUCUUCUCAGACGUUCAGUCCACAGUCCACAGUUCCACUCACUAAACUUCAUUCUAGGAUGGGAACACUUUCCACAAAUCUGAAAAUGAUCGGUCCUGUCGAGUGUUUUAAAUUUGAGUAGUCUUUUAAAGAGUUAGAAUAGAACAGGAAAAACAUUGCAGGACACAUCUUUCAUUUUUUUGACCCCAUGUCAUCUGGCACAUAGACUGUUUUGUUGCUGUAAUGACGAGGCUGAACAUUAAUUUCUUCAGCGUAAAACACGUCUUGAAUACCAAAACCGAAAGUGUAUGAACACUUUCAUAAGACAUUUGUUGCUGUCCAUCUGUAUGCACGCAUUAAGUGAGUUCAGUCAUUACAAGUUUCAUUUUUUUCAGCAAGCAAUUGGUUGCUGAAGGCUUUUUAUUACUUUUAAAAUGUUUGCUCGUCAAAUGAAAUUUCUAUAUUUUUUGCUCGGAAAGGAUAUUUUUACUCAUGAUUACUUUAUUGGUGUUGGUGGAAAAAUGAGCAUGCACCAUGUAGGCACUUUAAUACAAGGAUAUAUAUUUUAUUUAGACUGCAGAUGAUACCUAGUAAUUAAAACUUGUUAUAUUUAUCUUGUUGAUCAACCUAUCACUGUAAGUCACAGCCUUUGUAAGUGUAUGUGCAGGAGGAUCCAACAACCUGCUGAGUCUGUAGUCUGUAGAUUACAAAUACCAUCUGAUUCCAUGUGGUAAUUCUGUGAAUGAAAAUAAAAAGAAUUCUAAAUUUG